ACACACACACACACACGCACACACAGAGGGAGAGACAGAGAGAGAGAGGGGGGAGAGAGUGCCCAGAGAGACAACAAAGAGACAAAGCAAGCAUCGUAUCCAGACCAGUUAGCCUACUACUUGGAUUAAACUGAAGCUCGUCUUCUUAUUGGAUUACACAAGAAUUCUGCUUUUUUGUGAUCAUCAACUUUUUUUGACAUCCGAUCAUGUCUGGAGAGGUCUGCCCUCACGCUCAUGCUGUGGCUGCCGAGACGCACGUGGCUGACAGUGAUCUUUCUGAACAGAUUAAGGCUGCGACAAAGGAGCCUCACAUCAGAGCAGAAAACACGGAGUUGAUGCGGAGCUACGUGAGGGGGCAGGUGUCCGCGUCCCAGUACAAGUUGCUGCUGUGCUCCCUGUAUGAGAUCUACCGAGCGCUGGAAGAGGAGAUGGACAAGAACGCGUCGCACGCGGCGGUGGCGCCCAUCUACUUCCCCCAGGAGCUGGCCCGCCUGGAGUCUCUGCAGAGCGACCUGGAGCACUUCUAUGGCCAGAGCUGGCGUGAGAAGAUCAUCGUUCCCGCGGCCACACGCAGAUAUGCACAGAGACUAAGAGAGGUUGGCGAGAGCCACCCUGAACAGCUGGUGGCCCACGCGUACACUCGUUACCUCGGUGACCUGUCGGGAGGGCAGGUACUAGGGCGCAUUACCCAGAAGUCCCUGGGCCUGAAGGGCGGGGAGGGCCUGUCGUUCUUCUCAUUCCCGGGCGUGACCAGCCCCAGCCUCUUCAAGCAGCUGUACCGGAGCCGCAUGAACAGCGUCGAGCUGACCCCAGAACAGCAGGAGGGCGUGCUGCAAGAGGCCGUCAGGGCCUUCGAGUUCAACAUAGAGGUGUUUAAUGAUAUUCAGGAGAUGCUGAGCAUCACAGAACCAGAGACUGACCUGAGACAGAGGCACACCAAACCCUGCAGCCACACACAACUUUUACAUGAUAAUAAGAUGGUGUCCCAGACUCUCCAGAUGUCCUCUCCGUGGCUCUCUGCUGUCCCACUCGUCAGAAUGCUGCUCGGCGUCUGCGUUGCCUUGGCAGUGGGCAUGGGAAUCUAUGCAUUCUAAACAGACUCUAUGGACUUUUGUUCUCCCUCUUGCACUUCCACACAGAGGAGCAUCCGUCCAGAUCUCGUGCGCCUUGUGAAGGAUAUUCAAGUAUUUGUCUGUGUCAUCUCAUCUCCAUCACUCUGGAAGAUAACACAACAUAGCUCAUUGAUAAUCAAUGAUAAUGUCAAAUUAGUUGCACACUACUCCUUUCAUAAUGUGUUUGUACUGUAUGAGAACCACAGCAACUAAACCGAUCAGAUGACCUAUGCAGUGUAUAAAUAUUCAACAAGCCCUGCACCUAAACACAUGUGUAGUAUGCAGUCAAUAUUUCAGAGAUGAAGGAAUAGGCCUAUUAACACUUGUGUUUAACGUUUUAGGGUGCUUUGUGAUGCAAACGGUUUGUUUGUAAAUGUUUGUAUGUAAAUAUAAAAUUCUAACAUGAAAAUAUUUUGUUUUCUGAAACUGUUUUAUAAUAAAAUUAUUCUUGUAAAAUA